UCUGAUAGGCGCGAGGGGGUUAUGCAGAGAAGACUGAGCAACGUUUACUGUUGAUAGUGAUGAUGACUUGGCCGAAGAGUUAUCAAAGGCUCCAAGAACAUCCAACAAAGUAAACUGUGAAUUAUUUUGAUUCCAAUAAGUGCCAGUGUCAUGCCCUGAACCCCUUGGAGUUGGUCAACGAUGAUUUUGAGGUUAUGGCUGGGGAGCUUGCCCUUCUCGACGCGAUCUGACAUUUCGUGGGGUUGUUAUUAUUUUUUUGAGGACUCCUGGGGAUCCCGAUGGGGUUGGUCUUGAUGGUGGAGGUGUCUCAGUGUCUCCUGGGUGUGAUUGUGCCUGAGACAGCGUGAGUGGUGUGUCAGAGGGCUGAGUGAGGACAUAGGCGUGGAGGUGAUGCAGUUGGAACUGUUGAUGUUUUUUUAAUAUCUCCUGUAGCUAUUCCUGUGGCUUCAAGCCCUUCCGGACUUAUCGCGGUUGUGGUGUUACACGAGGAAAACGAUUUUUAGGUCUCAGUGGUGUUAGUGAUGGUCAUGAGGUGUGUGUGGGCGAGGUUGUCUAUUAUUCAGGGCUGACUGGUGGUGACACAAACGCAUGGGAUCAUGUAUGAUACAUUUUUCCAACAGGAUGCCUGGUGUUACUGGGUCAUAUCAGUUGCUGCACUUCUGUCAUUCGUUGGAUUCAUCGUGGCUUGCAUUUGUAGCUGUCGACACAGUGAGAACAAGAGCGAGUUCCUGGGUCUUCCGGGUAUGGUAACGAUGACCCGCGCUGAUAACGAGAUAUUCGAUCGACAGCCAACCGUGGAUUACAGUCAGAUUGUUGCACUGGAUGCUGUUGACAAUGGAAAAAGAACGAGCACAGCGAAUCGAAGUCUCCCGGACAUCCCAAAGGAUCGGAAUGUCGGUGUUGGAGACGGGGGGUUGGAAUCCACCCCUCAGGAUGUUAUUUACGAGGCUGCGGAGAUCAUGGGAGACCCCUCGGAGCUGUAUGCUACAGUGCAGGACAAAAAUGUCGUCAACAGGAGUAAUGAACGGAGCACACGAGCUAGUUCCCAAGAAUCUUCGUCAUUGCAAGAAGACGACAGUGUGUAUCCCUAUGCCAGACUAAAUACGUUGACUUCGACAAAUGACGAACAUCCUUACGCCCAAGUGCAAAACGUCUCAAAACCGGAGGUGAAUCGUCAGAAUAGUUUGAGAGCGACGACGAAUCAACUUCCAGUCUCCCCAGGACCAUCUUCAAACGGUCCGAACCCCGUAGCGCCCCCACGUACCCGUCGAUCAUCGUCCCACAACUCCCUCCUGUCCCUGGAGACCCCGUGCACCGACAUCCAGGCAGCAAAUGCAAUAACUGGUGGUGUCCAAGCCAACCAGGAUCUCCCCUACAUGACACCCCCUCUGCUGAACCUCCCACGAUUCCCCCAGCCCCAACCAACGCCCCAGCACUUCAGUGGUGACUCCCAGGACUCAAAAGGCUACACCAGCAUUUCCGUUCGUGAACCCCUCGCCAACAUAAUAGCCCAGACAAAAGCGGCACAUCAACAUCGAGGAAAUCGUUCAGACUCUCAUUACGCGACGGUCUCCGAUGAUUCAGACGAGAUGUACGCAGCGAUUGACGAGCAGGAGAAGAUCUACACGAGUGGAAGUGAAACAUACGCACAAAUUCAGCCAAUGAUGGAGCCCCAGAGGGCGAUAGUCGAUCCUCAGGUGAAUAUUCACCCGCAGUCAUCGAGAAAUGAGGAGAAUCCGGUUGUUUUUCCAGCCCCCCAGCCCCCGAGUGUCGAUUCCCUGAGGUAUGUAGCACACGCCCACUCGAGACAGGCGUCGAGUUCCAGUGCCACCAGUUCAAUCGUCAAUCCUGGCUCCCCAAAGCCAGAAAAACGACAGGCAAAUUCACCAUUACCACCACCACCACCCCCCCUUCCCACGGAGGAAGUCACAGAUGUCUACGCCCUGAUUGACAAGUCUGGGAGGGGUGAGGAGGUCCCUAAGCAGGUGGAAGCCACGGGGAAGUCCCUCGAGGAUAUGUACGCCAAGGUCAUGAAGAAGAAGAGAGACUCAGAUGAGACUUCAGAGGGGAAUAAGAAGCAGAGUGUUAUGGAGGUGAGUAGGGCAUCCUGGUCGAGUCAUGACUCUGUGGAGAUUCUGAAAAAAGAACCUGAGGUGGCUGGAGGAUCUAGUGUUCCUCCUGAGGGCUUCAACAUGGAUUCCUUGGAGUUUGCCAAGGUCGCGAGGAUUUAUGAACUCGAUACGACGUCUGAGUACAGCUUCGAAGACCUUACGAUGAUUAGGGGAUCCCAGGGAAAUGCUGUGGGCCAGUCUGAUGAUCCUAAUUAUGAAAUGCUGAGGCCUCAGAGUCUUCGUGAUGAGGGAAGUGCUGUGAGAAAUGGAGUUGACGUUUUACCGUUUUAUUCGGUACCUUUCAAGCAUCGACAGGUGAGCAAUGCCAGCUCGGAGGAUCCUGGGUAUGAGAGGGUCAGGGUUAGGAGGAGAAAUGAUGAUGAUAUGGAUUCUGAACCUAAUUAUGAGAGCAUGCCACAUGAAGUUGAGCCUAAUUAUGCGUCUGUUUGCAGAGCUGAUAGCGAUACUGAUCCUAAUUAUGAAUCGGUGAAUAAUUCUGAUCCUAAUUAUGAGAGUGUUAGGUAUCUGGGGGAGGGACUGGAGCCACCGUAUGAACGGGUUGAUGCGAAAGGAAAGGAAGCUGGGGGGUAUGAGAAGGUUAACAGGGCGGGGGGCAAUUAUGAGAGGAUUCAAAAUGAUGGAGAGUGUAAUGACACUGAUGACGAACAAUAUGUACAGGUCUGAAGGGGUUGACGGUUUUAUAGAUUGUUUCCCGUAAUUUAUAUAGGGGUUUGGAGUUCUGGGGUGAAAUGUGUGAAUGGGGAACUUUAACUUACUUCCAGUCUUGGUUUUUAGGAAAUGUGGGGGAAUCUAGAGGCGAUGAAGAAUUUUUUGUUGAGACUUUUUUGUAGAACUUGUUUUUUGUUACAAAAAAGGUCUGAACAAAAAUUCCGCCAUUUCCUGUUGUUCUUGAAAUAUUUAUCGUAUAACAAAGUUGGAGAGAAGUUAAUUUGCCUCGUUUUCGUCCUCUCGAAGAACUCCGUUCAGUAAAAAUAACUGGAAAAUAUAAUUAAUUUUUUGUUCAAUUUUUUAUGCGCUUUGGAACGCAAUAAUUGUUAUCGGGUAAUUGCUGUUGAUUUUUUUCAUUUGCGUGGAAACUCGAUCUUCAAUUAUUCAAUAUGGAAUUAUUUUAAAAAUGAGAGAAAACAAUCCGUGAAAAUGUUUCAGGCAUGGAACAUUUGUUUAUAGUACAAUUUAUUUCUUCUGAUAGAGAAUUUUAUUUAGUCAGUCGAUAGUGAAUUUAUUGAUAAUAGCUGUUUAGCUAUCGCUUUUAAUUAUUGAAUUUAAUCCACUUUCUAUUGCCAUUUGUUUUUAAUAAUUUUUAAAAUCCCGGUGUUUGAGUAUGAUGUACCUUACAGUAACGUAAAAGAGAUUAAGAACAAGAUAAAAAUUUUCGAAAUGAGAAAUAAUAAUAAAUGUAGAGCACUGAGGAUAAGACUGAUGAAGACUCUAAGUGAGAAGUUUUUAUUGGAAAAUUGUAAUAAUGUAAAAAUUUCACUGAAUUUUGUCUUUGAAAAAGCAUCGAUCAAGUGUGUAAAUAUUAUUACUCUUUUGUCAGGUACAAAGAUGGUCUAAUUGACUCUAAAGGCAUUAAAUUAUUUCUAUUUAUUUAUUGAAUCGUUCACGCAUUCCAUGAUAUCAACACUUGAAAUUCGUUUGGAUGAUGAAAUCGAUGAAUAGUGAAUGUCCAGUCUUUCGAAUGUUUUGAUAAUUAUUUAAAAAAUGAAUAUUUUUAUCUCUUCAUGAAUUAAAAAUUCCUAAAUCGAUUACGAUAUCACCAGCGAAUUGGCAAAACGAGAUAAGUCGCUUUUGAUUAUUGAUCUGUUUCAGGGGAAUAUGUGGAAAUUAACUUAUCUCGUUUUAGCACUUUGCUACUGACAUAUUUUUUAUUCAUGAGCAUUGUUUUUCCACAUUCGAUCAGGAAUCGAAUCCUGUCGAUUUGUACAUCAAUAAUUUAAUUAACAUACUACCCAUGAGCAAGCCGAAUGAAUCGAAAAAAUGUGAUGCUGACAAUUCGCUCAAAAAUAAUGGCCUGAAGUUGACAAAGCGGUGAUUGUCGAAUGCAUUUUGCGUCGACCAAAAUAAUCGACUAAUCAAAUGAAAAUUGUCCAUUUGUUGUAUUUUCCCCGCGAUUAUUUGUACGCCGAGAGAAACAACAAUAAAAAACGAAAAUCAUAAUAUAUUCUAUUGGACUAGGACGACUCAAGCUUAUUAAUUAUAGCCGCGUGUACGUAAAUGCGCACAAUAUUUUACGAAUUAUCAAAUUUUUCUGGUGAAUGAUAAUCACUGGUGUAUUCCAUGUUCAAUUGUAACAAAAGUAAAUAGUUAGUAAUUAAAUGGAAUUAAAAACUUUU